GGCAUUAUCGACCGGACUGACCGGCGCGAGCAGGAUUCAUUCAACUAAUAUUAACGCUAAAAUUACGUUAAUUUUACAAUAAAUACUGACAUAAACUAAAUACAAAUUACUUGUAGUCCAAGACACGGAGUGGAGACUAAAUACAGACUAAAUUACAGUAACGAGCUUAUUUGACACAACAUGGCGGCGGCCGUUGCUGCUGUUUCCUCCUCUUCAAACUGACCAGUGUUUUGGAACAGAGAUAAUGCUGCUGACAGCUCGCUGCCUGUCCAAAGUGCUGCAGCUCACCCUGGCGGUCAUCAAACCAGAUGCUGUGGCUCAUCCUGUCAUGUUACAGGCUCUUCACCAGAGAAUCCUGGACAACAGCUUUGUGAUUGUCAGGUGCAAAGAUCUUGUGUGGAGGAAACAGGACUCUGAGAGGUUUUACGCUGAACAUUCAGGGCGAUUCUUCUACCAAAGACUUGUUGAGUUCAUGUCAAGUGGUCCCAUGCGAGCGUACAUUUUAGCCAGAGAGGACGCCAUACAUCACUGGAGAGAGCUAAUGGGACCAACCAAAGUGUUCAGAGCCAGAUACACCUCACCUGCUUCUAUCAGGGGCCAAUUUGGACUCACAGACACACGAAACACAACUCAUGGCUCAGAUUCUGUUGAGUCGGCACAAAGAGAAAUCCGUUUCUUCUUCCCAGACUUCUGCGCGGAGGAGUGGAUGGAGAAGGAGGAGCCAUCGUUCAGAUCAGGACAAAUACGUUACGACCAUAAAAAACAGAUCCACACACUUUCAACGCAAAGCUGACCCCCGAACUGCUGUUAUAGUUACUGCUUAAAAAAAAUCGCACACUCUUACAAAAAUGCAAGCUGCCAAAGAAGAUGGUGUAAUCCUCCCUGCUAUAUAUAUAAUGUGCAUGUUUUUGUUUGUUACCACAGUUCUUCAAAGUGCUAAUAUGUUUAUUGUCCCAUGUUUUUUUUUUUUUUGUGUGAGUAAAACAGAACCUGAAGAUGGAAAGAUAAUGCAGCUUAUGACGUCAUGUAAAAGAAGGACCAUAAAUGUUUUUGUUUAAUUUAUUGUCAUUAGAAAACACGAACGACUCGAUAAGAAAAUGUAACACAAUAUCUUACAAAACGACACAAAACGUAGACAGACAACAUCUUCCAUUGUCAUCACAAACCUGCCCUGGGCUUCACUCUAAGUAGUUCAAUCAUCACAAUCAAUGUCAGUUUCCUGAGCCUUACUGAUUGUAGCACAGCAGCAACUACAUGUUGUUUCAAUGUCAUAACAAAACUAUAUGUAGCUUGAGAAUAUUCGAUAAUGUUAAAUAAUACUGUAGCUCUACACAUAUAUUUAUCCUCAUCUUAAAAUAGGGGUGAGAAGGCUUUUUAGAUUCUAGGUCACUUGAGAGAUUUGAAAUGUGCCAUGCUUGUUUCCUGCCUGCUAAUAUAUACUGUGAAUGUUUCUUUUGUUUUUUGGUUUGAUACUGUAAAAUGUCAUGGUUUGUAUUUUCCAACCAACCUACAGUUUUGCAUGUCAGCGUCGUUUACGAAGUACAGUAAGACAUUCUCGGAACAGGCACCAUAGAAGUACGUGUUACAGUAUUAAAUACAAUACGGCCUAGUUCAACUUUUUUUUUUUUUUGAUAUGACAAUCUAAAUUUUAUAGUUCAGAGUCUCGUCCUUGUUGUGCUUCCAUCAGCCAUCAAACCAUAAAAUAUUUUACCACAAA